AUGCUGCACAAUGGAAUAUACGACAUCAAAUCUAAGCUGGAUGCCAAACUAGCCGAGUUGAGCAGUUUGGCGGCAGACUUAGGCUCAUUGCCCCGCAAGGUGGGCAAGCUUUGCGACGAACAGUUUGAUAGGCCAAAGCAGACGGCAGAGUCGAGACCUAGGACAGAAGAAAUGAUGGAAGGAGAAGAUGGAAGACUUCCUGCCAUUAUCGAGGACAAAUUUUACCCUCGGCGGACUCUAGAGCCCCAGGAGCUCGACAGCCUAGUUGACGACGAUAACAGUAUUCUAGAUUCUCCGCCGCAGUUCAGCUUUAUGCUGGAGGAAGAACAUGCACCCAUUGGACAUUCCAGUCCAUCAUCACCUGAAACAACAUUCAUAAGCCAAAUCAACAAUGAUAUACCCGAGGAACCCGAGCCAUUACUUCCUCCAACUCUCGAGACACGCAAGAAGAAUAAGAAGAAGUCGAGUUCGAUUAUUGCGCCUGAAGUUAGCCCCACGCCAACAGACCAGCAACCAAGUCUACUCAUUGAUACAACGCAGCAAGCAACAUCGGUUUCGACGAAGCGCAAGUACAUACCCGAAGACGAUGACAGAUUCACGUCCAACCUUGAUGUUGACGAGGAUGAAUUCCAAUUCACCCGGCCCAGCCAUAGCCCAAAAAAGCAAACGAGCCCAUGCGAAGAUAAACAGCGAGACCAGUUACCUACCAAAAGCCAUGUUGAAGGAACAAGAGGACCCCAAACCCCUGUCCUAUCUAUGCGGAAGGUUCUUGAACCAAAGAGUGCAAACUCCAAUCUAGGCUCUCCCAAAAAGGCCCGCACGUCUUCCUACCAGGACUCUACGCUUGUGCAGAGGUCCACCAAAGGUGACGAGAAUAACUUCUCGCCACAGAAAGUCAAGGAUGUUGAGAAGGUCGGUGGCAAGACUGCCAAUCCAAAGCCACGAGUGUCCAAAAUUGCCCCUUCAAACAAAGAAAAGCGCGCCGGUCGCCCUGCCCCUCCCCAGCUGGAAGAGUUAGCCUUAUGCCUGCCAGCACUGUCACCACAUCCGAAUGCAUUGAACAUGGAGGAAGAGUCUGCAGGUCGGCCUUCCCGACGUCGUGGUGCUGUGGUUAGCUACGCAGAGCCUAACCUACGGGACAAGAUGCGCCGCCCUACCAAGGAGAUGAUUGAUGCUGUUGCAUUUGGAUCGCGAAGGUCCUCCAGUUUCCAGGUAGGUCGGGAAAGUUUGGACAGCGGGGGAGGGGGCAUUCAGCCUCGUGGCACUCUUCCUGCUGAUUUCACUCUUGCGGCGCAGAGCUCAGAUCUGUCAUUCGUAGAUGGAUCCUCGGAGCAGCUGCUAGCAAUGGUCUCCCAGAGGAAACGCAAGGUUUUAUCGACGCCGAAGGACGACAGUGAUGAGGGAACUCCAAGCUCUGGUCUCAAGAAAGAGAUUGAGGACAAUCUUGCAGAUAUCUCCGCCCAAGUAUCCCAAAAGCCAUCGAAUUUGACGCGUCAGACUCGGCGUCACUCGUCAAACCCCAAAAGUACAGCAGCGAACAUGGCACAAUACGACAUGGACCAGGGUGAGCCUCAAUCCCCAAUCGGCGACUCUCCAGAAGAUGAAGAUUCAUUUGGACCGGGGCCAAACGGUUCUUUAAAUCGUGGUGUCAGACGUGGUCAGCGCGUUGCUGCAAGGAGAAAGAGCAUGAUGGUAUGA